CACUUCGCUGUCCUGUUUCAAACUGUUGGAGAGUUCUGAGAGCAUCUUGACUCGGGAGCUCCACACAAGUGAACAAGAUACUUGUGACUAUGAAGAUGACAAGUCUACUCUUUCUGGUGCUGAUUUCUGUCUGCUGGGCAGAACCUCAUCCUGACAACUCAAGCCUAGAGCAUGAGAGGAUUAUUCACAUCCAAGAAGAAAAUGGACCUCGCCUACUUGUAGUAGCAGAACAAGCUAAGGUCUUCUCUCAGAGGGGCGGCAACGUCACACUGCCUUGUAAAUUCUACCAUGAACACACAUCAACGGCUGGCUCAGGAGCCCACAAAAUCCGGGUCAAGUGGACCAAACUCACCGCAGAUUACCUCAAAGAAGUGGACGUCUUUGUCGCAAUGGGACACCACAGAAAGAGCUACGGGAAGUAUCAGGGCAGAGUGUUUCUGAGGGAAAGCAGUGAGAACGAUGCCUCUCUUAUAAUCACAAAUAUAAUGCUGGAGGAUUAUGGGAGAUACAAGUGCGAAGUGAUUGAAGGAUUAGAGGAUGACACAGCAGUGGUAGCUCUGAAUUUGGAAGGUGUUGUAUUCCCCUAUUCUCCACGUCUGGGUCGUUACAACCUAAACUUCCAUGAGGCUCAACAAGCCUGCCUGGAUCAGGACUCCAUCAUUGCCUCCUUCGACCAGCUCUAUGAGGCCUGGAGGUCAGGGCUGGACUGGUGCAAUGCUGGCUGGCUCAGCGAUGGCUCGGUGCAGUACCCCAUCACCAAGCCCAGGGAGCCCUGCGGGGGGAAGAAUACGGUGCCUGGUGUCCGAAACUAUGGCUUCUGGGAUAAAGAGAAGAGCCGAUACGAUGUUUUCUGUUUUACUUCUAACUUCAAUGGUCGUUUUUACUACCUAAUACACCCAACCAAGCUGACCUAUGACGAAGCCGUGCAGGCCUGCCUGAAGGAUGGUGCUCAGAUUGCCAAGGUUGGGCAGAUAUUCGCUGCCUGGAAGCUCCUUGGUUAUGACCGCUGCGACGCCGGCUGGCUGGCAGACGGCAGUGUCCGCUACCCCAUCUCCAGACCCAGAAAACGCUGCAGCCCCAACGAGGCUGCAGUCCGCUUUGUAGGCUUUCCUGAUAAAAAACACAAGCUGUACGGUGUCUACUGUUUCAGAGCGUACAACUGAAAAUACCUAGAGCGCAACAGUUUUAAAUUCAUUAGGAACAUGUGAGAGAUUUCGAUAUGAACUCGUGCAAGUUACCAAAACUGUGAUAAACCUUUCUUUCUUACUGUAGAGUCAUUUUCAUAAACCCAACCCAUUAAUUUGUUUUUGUUAAAAUAUUUUUGUAAAAGUAUCAUUCCAUAGAUAUUUAAAAUUAAUAUAAUUUAAUGGAAGCUCUAGGUAAGAGCCAAAUUCGUUAAGCUACAUCCCAACAGAAUAUAAGUUUCGUGAAUGGGGCAUGCAAUAGAGCUUGACAAUUGCUAGGACACAAUUAUGGAAUGUAAGGCUACUCAAAGCAGAAGCUUUUAAAAGCACAAAUUUUACAUAUUUGUACCCAUUUGAGAUAUACUGCAAAUUGAUUGUAUCUGGAGUUUUAAAAUAAGAUGUUUUUGUUUAUAGGGAUCAGUGAGGUUUUGCAAAAAAUAAAAAUAAAAAAAAAAAAAAAAAAGGCAACACAAAACCAAUAGCAAGCUAGAUUAGAAAAGACUGUUUUCACUGUUUUUGCAUGGGAACAAUAUACAGUUUAAUGAAAGCAGUUAAAACAGUCCAGAAAUAUAGGAUUUAUUUUGCAGCAUAAAACCCCGCCUUUCUGAAAACGAGUCUUGUGAUCCCAUACAUAUUUACAAGCACAAUUACUUCUGACUGUUCCAAUUGUGUUUUGAAUGUGUAUAAAUCACUGAACAGGUGGGUUAAUAAUUUAUGAGAAAACCCUACUUUCUUCUUAACUCAAAUUAAAGAUGCCUGAGAAGUAUUGCAUUACCUUUGAGUAGCUUUACUGAGUUAUUUUAAAACUCUUAGGGCCAUUUGCUAAGCCGCAUA